AUGAGUGGUUUCAGUGAAGAAUUGAUAAGACCCACGACAGAGGAUGAACAGGGGGGACCGUGUGUGCGCUCUGGUUCAGGAAUGUGUUUCCCUUGGCUCCAGAAGCAUAUAGAAUCCAUAGCCUCUGGAGGAAAACAGGAGAAGGAUUUUGCUCAGACAACAAGUGCUUGUUUAAGUUUUAUUCAAGAAGCUCUGCUGAAGCACCAGUGGCAGCGAGCUGCAGAAUACAUGCACAGUUACCUUCAGGUUUUGGAAGAUACAGAUAGCAACAAAAGGCAGGGUGCACCCGAGAUUAUUUGGAGGCUUGGAAGUGAAAUUAUUUAUUAUCAUCCCAAAAGCAACCUGGAGACUUUCAAUACCUUUGCCGACCGGAUGAAAAAUAUUGGUGUCACGAAUUACUUGAAGAUUUCCUUACAGCAUGCAUUGUACCUUCUGCAUCAUGGAUUGCUUGAAGAUGCGAACAGGAUUCUCACCCAGGCAGAGACAUGGCGAUAUGGUGAAAAGUCUUCUUCCCAGGAAGUGUUAGUCAACCUUGUUCAGGCCUAUAAAGGGCUUUUGCAGUAUUAUUCUUGGUAUAAAAAGAAGAUGGAAUUGUCUCAACUCGAUAAAGAUGAUUAUGCUUACAACACAGCAUCCCAGAAUAUGCUUAACCACAGCUGGAAGACAUCUAUAAACCUUUGCACAUUGAUUCAAAUUCCUGGAGUUUGGGACCCUUUUGUGAAGAGUUAUAUCGAGAUGCUGGAAUUCUACGGGGAUCAAGAUGGCGCCCGAGAAGUGCUUAACAAUUAUGCCUAUGAUGAAAAAUUCCCAUCAAAUCCAAAUGCUCAUGUCUACUUAUACAACUUUCUAAAGAGAGAGAAGGCACCAAGAGAGAAACUGAUAAGUGUGCUUAAGAUUUUGUAUCAGAUUGUACCAUCUCAUAAACUGAUGUUAGAAUUCCAUAGGUUACUGCGAAAAUCAGACAAGGAAGAACACCAUAAACUGGGAUUGGAGGUGUUAUUUGGAAUUUUAGAUUUUGCUGGAUGCACUAAAAAUAUAACUGCUUGGAAAUACCUGGCAAAAUAUCUCAAACAGACUCUAAUGGGGAGUCGUCUUGCCUGGGUUCAAGAAGAGUGGAACUCCAGGAAAAGCUGGUGGCCAAGCUUUCACUUCAGCUACUUUUGGGCAAAAAGCAAUUGGAAGGAUGAUAAAACCUUGGCUUGUGAGAAAGCUUUGGUAGCUGGGUUAUUGUUAGGAAAAGGUUGUAAAUAUUUUCGGUAUAUUUCAAAGCAAGAUCAUCAAGUGUUAAAGAAGAAAAUGAAGCAGAUGAAGAAAUCAGUGAAAAAAUACAGCAUUGUAAACUCAGGACUCUGA